CAGAACUGCCCGUCGCUCCUGUCAUCCAGGCCCCUGGCCCAAUGGCAGGCUGAAUCCCCCCUACUCCAGCCUGCUCCCGCCUCUUCUGCCCCUGGUGCUCUGGGCUACCUGCUGCCGCGCGCCACAUCCAGGGCAGAGAGGCGGGUGCGCGGGCGGGCGGCGGGCACCAUGCGGGGAGGCUGUCCCCUGGGGUGGGCAGCACCACUCUCUGCUACCCACCUGGCGCUGUGAAACCUGCAUCGCCACCAUGUUCCCCAGCCCUGCGCUCACACCCACGCCUUUUUCAGUCAAAGACAUCCUGAACCUGGAGCAGCAGCAGCGCAGCCUGGCGUCUGGGGACCUGUCUGCGCGCCUCGAGGCCACCCUGGCCCCCGCCUCCUGCAUGCUGGCCGCCUUCAAGCCCGAGGCCUACUCUGGACCCGAGGCGGCAGCGUCCGGCCUGGCAGAGCUGCGCGCGGAGCUGGGCCCCGCGCCUUCGCCCCCCAAGUGCUCUCCUGCUUUCCCAGCCGCCCCCACAUUUUAUCCGGGAGCCUACGGUGACCCUGACCCAGCCAAAGACCCUCGGGCGGAUAAAAAAGAGCUGUGCGCGCUGCAGAAGGCGGUGGAGCUGGACAAAGCCGAGACGGAUGGCGCCGAGAGACCACGCGCACGGCGGCGACGGAAGCCACGCGUGCUCUUCUCGCAGGCGCAGGUCUACGAGCUGGAACGGCGCUUCAAGCAACAGCGGUACCUGUCGGCGCCCGAGCGCGACCAGCUGGCCAGUGUGUUGAAGCUCACGUCCACGCAGGUCAAGAUCUGGUUCCAGAACCGUCGCUACAAGUGCAAGCGACAGCGGCAGGACCAGACUCUGGAGCUGCUGGGGCCGCCGCCGCCGCCCGCGCGCAGGAUCGCGGUGCCCGUGCUGGUGCGCGAUGGGAAGCCCUGCCUGGGGGACCCCGCGGCCUACGCUCCCGCCUACGGCGUGGGUCUCAACGCCUACGGCUACAACGCCUAUCCCUACCCCAGCUACGGCGGCGCGGCCUGCAGUCCCGGCUACAGCUGUGCCGCUUACCCCACUGCGCCCCCCGCCGCGCAGCCCCCCGCCGCCUCCGCCAAUGGCAACUUCGUGAACUUUGGCGUCGGGGACUUGAACACCGUGCAGAGUCCCGGGAUGCCGCAGGGCAAUUCGGGCGUCUCCACGCUGCACGGCAUCCGAGCCUGGUAGGGAAAGAGCCCGUUUGGGGCGCCCCGGAACGACUCCCACUUUUAGGAGAAGGGCGAUGACUCCGGGGAUGGGAAAGCUCCCACUAUGCCCUGUCCCUCGGAUUUCACACCCACCCUCGCGCAGGCCUGGGACCUUUCUCCGAUCCAUCCCUCUUUGUUGACGUAGCCUGGUGUCUGGGACCUGGCAGAGCCCUUCCAGGAUCACGGGCAUUCUCGACGGAUUCCACACUAGGACCCGGAGCCUGGGCCGGGCGCCCGGGCCCUGGUUGCCUUGCCGCCGCCCACCUACCCGUAUUUAUGUUUUUACCUGUUGUAAGAAAUGAGAACCCUCUUCCCAUUAAAGUGAGUGCGCUAACGCACGCGGGCUUCUUUUAGGAUUUCUGAGCGAGCGCAGAGGCCCCUCCAGGUCACAGGCAUAGUUCACAUUAAUAGAACCUGCACUCAUAAAAGCUGAGGCACCCCGCACCCCUCGUUAGGUGUUUCUGAAGUCCUCCGUUUUUGUUUUUGUUUUUUUUGUUUUUGUUUUCUUUUUUUUGUUUGUUUGUUUGCCUUUUUUUUUUUCCGGAGGGGCGGCCUUUUUUUUUUUUCAAGUUUACCCGCGGAGGGCGUGAGGGGUUUUAUGAUUUGCUUGUGAGCUAAUGGGUGUAGAAGGAAGUUCAGCGUCUUCUCGCACCAGAGGAGUAAAAGCUGAUCCUAGAGCGCCCAUCCUCAGUCCAACGUGAUUCACUGUUGCUGGGCGUCGAGGAGAGAGCAGCAUUCUAAGUCGUCUGCUUAACGCCACAGCCCUUUUACCGAUGGAAGAGCCAAGGACCCUUGUCCAACUUCCCUGAGACUCUGCCCCUCAUUGGAAGCCCCUGGGGUCCUGUGCCAGCCUCAGGAGCUGUUUUCGGCUAAGCACAGAGGCUAAACCUAA